CUCGUCAAACAUGGCAUCACGCACGUCAUGAGUCUAGUUAGUGAACGCGACUGCCCGAAGAUGGCCGCGGAGUUAGGCAUUGAGCACCUCCACAUUGCGAUCGAUGACAACCCUUACGAAGACCUGCUCAUGUGCCUAGAAGGCUUGAAUGGAUGGAUUGAAAAUGCCCUCAGUUCCGGCGCUGGAAAACACGUCGUCUUGGUUCAUUGCCUGCAAGGCCAGUCCCGCAGCGGCGCCGUAGUCGUCGCGUACCUCAUGCGUGCACUCUCGUUCGACUACGACGCUGCACUUUCGCUCGCCAGGAAGUACCGCGCUGCGAUUGCGCCGAAUCUGGGGUUCGCGGAUCAGCUCCGUUUGUGGCAGGAGUUGCAGUAU